AACCGCGUUCGUGUUUUGGUCCUGGCGCACUGCCGUAGCUCUGUCGUAAAUUGUCGCUGUCUGUCGCAACGUUUAGUCCAGCAGCAGAGGUCACAACAAACCGCUCAGAAUGGGAGGUGACCAUGGCCACAGCAAAAUGUCCAUGCCAGACUGGCGGCUGUGGAAGGUGGAGGGAACACCUCUGGAGGUCACAAAGCAGAGGCUGGCAGCCAGGGGCCUCAAGGACCCGUGGGGACGUAACGAGGCGUGGAGGUUCUCCGGCGGCUUCGCUCAUUCUGUGACUUUUGCAGAGGUGCUGCUGAAAGGAUUCAAGUGGGGCUUUGCUGCCUUUACUGUGGCUCUGGCUGUAGAGUACGCCCUGUUCCCACCAAAGAAGGGUGGACACUAAUGCUCAUCAUAGUCCCUCAAAACCACACCAUACUGGAGUGUAAUAUUAUGUUUCCUUUAUUAAAUGUCUUUUUGGUCACCA